AUGCUUUGUCUUCCAACAGAAGUUCAACUUGAUGUAUUAAAAUGUCUUGAUUUUAACCAAUUAUUUGAUAUUAAACAAACAAAUUUUUAUUUUCGAGACUUAAUUAAUAAAUUUGAGGGAGGAUUGGCACGACAGGAAUUUAUUCAAAUAGCAUUAGUUGACCAUUACAUGCUUGUAGGGUUACAUCCAUCUGAAUUUAUUGAACCUGAAUCUGGAAUUUUUGAAUUUACUUUGCUUGAUCAACUUAAAAAUAAGUGGCAGGCAGCGAUAGACAAAUCGAUUCCGUUGUUUCUACAUUAUUUUGAACCUAACAGAGAAUGUAUUUGUAUUGCUAUAGGUUGUGAACGAAAAAUGCCAUUCUGUUUUAAAAUUGCCAAUCAUUCCGAAAAAUAUUAA